AUGAUUUACGACGACGUCGACGGCCAGAUGUCUCUCUGGAAAUUCGAAAAUUUCGAAUUUGGCGCGCGCCAUAUUCGAGAAUACAUCAUCGUGGCGUCGGCGCGAGCGAUUGAAGGGUGCCGAAUUGAGAGGGCGCCGAGAAGACAGCGCGAUUUUGGCGCCGCCCAUUUGUGCAAUCGAACGCUGCCUUGGGUGGAUUGCUCAUUCGAACUCGAUUUGCGGCUUGCUGGAAUGUGGCUCGAGAAUUUCCUUCGCGCCAUUCGAAACAGGGAUGAGGUGCGAAGCUACCUCUACUUGGACGUGAUCUUCACCUACCUUCAGCUUUUCCAAUUCCUCAUCUGGUACUACAACCAAUUGCCACCCGAGUACGCGAGCCACGUCGCCAUGUUCAUCAUGACCGAAUACAUGUGGCUCAAAAGAAUCGACGAUUGUCCGAUGUUGACGUUGAUCCGCAACACCAUGUACAUGCAAUUGUUCUUCUACUUGUACUAUAACGAUUAUGAGUGCACCUUCUAUUAUUUGAUCAUAGUUGUGCUUCGCAUUAUGACGGAUAGCAAGAUCGAGUACGCGAGACUUCACUUCCCCGCCGAUUUCCGCUUUUCCAUUUUUGCUCUUUGA